AUGAUAUCUCAGGAAGCGGCCAACAACGCCCUGGACACCACUCUGGCUGCUGUGCAAUUGCUCAUGAAGCGUUGCAUGAAGUUGAAGGAAGCCGACCCAGAAACCUUAAGGCUCUCGGAUGAGAUUGCCAGGCGAGUGGCCAAAGACUUGAAACUCUAUGCAGGGAAUGCGACAUCAUUCUCUCCCCUGCUACUCUCCUGUGCUGCCAUUAUACAGCAGUACUCACAGGGUGGCACCUUUGAGAGUGUUCCCGAUUGGACCUCGGUCGCAGCAGACGACCCAAGAAUCAAGAGCCACCCACGAUUCAAGAAGACCGUGGACUAUCGCCCACCCUCUGUCCUUGAUGUUUCUCUACUUGCGACAUCGAGCGCAAUUCCCACCACCUUUCCCACCCCACCACCUCACAUUGUCCCACCCUUGACGACCUCAGCUCUAGCAUCAAUGCCAUCCCGCGUGGACCCGGAUAUUAUUGCCAAGCCAAAUCCGCCCCUUCUCGGUCGUCAGGCAGGUCCACCCACAAGAUUCCACCACCUCUAUGUCGACAAAAUAACACAGAGGGGAGUUUUUGAGGUCGGCGAUAGCAAGAAGAGAAAGGCGGACAAUGAAGAUAUGGAUGGGGCCAUUGUAAUUGAAAUCCCCAAGUCGCCUUCCCCGUCCCAACAGCCUCUGAAAAAGAAGAGGAAGUUCAAGUCGAAUCUCAAGGCAUUACUGCCUGUCACCACGGACAAGGAUGUUCUGCUAGGCGAUGACCAGGGCUUCCGGGACGCAGAAACUCUGCCUGCGGAAUGGGGCUCAGAUGCUCAUAUUGCUACCCUGUGCCAGCAUUCCGUUCGCUAUCACCCCCAGAAGUGCGACAAAUGCACGAAGUUGGACAUACCCUGUGUUGUCCUUCCGGACAAAAAGCUCGGAUGCAUGCGACUUGCAUGCGCAAAUUGCGACCUCAUGAAGGUCACCUGUGCGAUCGACGGUGUCGGUGUGAGGAAGAGAAAGCAGGCAAAGGCAGCCACGGCUGCAUCAAAUUCUGCUGAGCACUCCGGAACGCGCAUUCGGAAGUCCCCUGUGAUCUCUCGGGAGGCAGACCAACAACCUGGCCUGCUGGCUGAUGUGCUGAUGAAAACGCUCGCGAUCAUUAGCACAAGCCAACAGCCCGAACAGGGUGAUCAGUUUGCGCCGACUAACCGUGCCGAUCCUGAACCAACUGCAAGAGACAUCCUGCAGGGCAUUCAGGACCUCGGCAGGAAAUUUGAUCUUCUGGCCACCAAUGAGCGGGUGGACACCUUGGAUGUAAGAGUGUGUUCAGUGGAGACUAUCCUCCACCAGCGGUUGGACGCACUGGAGCAACACCUUAACGCCUCGGAUGCCUGGUAG